AUGGAUAAUAAACCCAGUUUAAGCCAAUACUUUGGCGGAAGUGAAGUACCGCCUGCUUCCCAAUUUUUCGAUGAAAUCGGAACGUCACCCUCUGAAAUGAUUCAAAGUGUUUAUUUAGGAGAUUCAGAAACACGGCCUCAAACUACAGGUACGGGUAUGUUUGGACAAAACAUGACGACAUCCUUUACCCAACUUAACAUGCCCCAGGAAAUGAAUUUCACAAAUGUUUUACCAACUGUGAGCGGUUCUACAGCAAUUCCUGCAACCAGUCUGCCAGAUCCGUCUACGUUUUUUGAUACUAUCGGACCUGAGCCACAGAUUGGGCCAACAAAAAGUAAUAUAAUGUCUACAUCAGUCCUGACUGAUGCUAUAGAUGGCUUAAGCAUCAAGAAUCAACCAGUGGAUAAAGAGGCUGAUAGACGAAGAGAUGCAUGGAUACCAAAUGAAGAAGCUAAGAAAACCCUCUUAAAGGCACAAUCAUCACCUAAGGGUUCAUUUUUUCCAGAAAGAGAAGUUCUUACAAUGCCAGGCUUAGUGCUUGAAGAGGAAUUGGCAGAUGCGUUACAAGAAGUAGCAGUGAAGUACCUUGGAGUGAGCUCAGCAGGAAGCCGGGGGGUGGUCAGAGCGGAGCAUGUUAGUAGGGAUGAAGCAGGGUUACGUGAAUUACUACGUACGGGGUAUUUGAGGGCUGCUGUUAAUUUGACUGCUACUUUGAUUAGUGCCGCUGGACAGGGGGCAGGUCGUAUGCACAGACCAACGAAGCAUACGCCAAGAUCGCUACAACUUUGGCUUACUCGGUUCGCAGUAAUGUGCCGUAUCAAACUAUAUGAACCACUGUUGAAGGAGUCCGAACCUUUUGGGGAUUUUAGCAAGCCAGAUAUGUUUUAUCAGUUCUAUCCAGAUGCAUAUGAGAAUCGAACUGGUAGUCUAGUGCCGUUUUCAUUGAGGCUUCUCAUCUCCGAACUGCCAAUGCACGUGGGCAAGCCUGAGGAUGCCAUGGACAGGCUGUAUGCAAUGCUUGAUGUUAUACAGCAGAUGAUUGCAAAUCUAAAUGAGGGUAAAAGUGAAGAUGGAUCUAUAAAUAUAUCUACAGAAGAUAAGAACGAGUCAUUGCGCUUAUGGAGUGGGCGACGCACUAGAGUUCUACAUUCGGUGGUCAACUGUGCCAUUGCGUUGAAGGAUUACCGUCUAGCAGCAAAGAUUCUAACUUCUUUAAUAGAACAUUCGAGUACUCCUCAGCAGCAGAGAGCCUUGUUGAGUGCACUCUGCCGCGUGGCGUUGCUCGCGGGACACGUGCGUGCCGCGGUGGACUAUUGCAAUAGGGCUAAAGACUUUAGGAACCAUAUAUGUCCAACGCCCGAUGUAAGAGAAUAUGUAGAUCUUGGUCUCAUCGACAUCGCCCAUGGGAAAUAUCAAGACGCGUACAAUAACUUUGCCAGGGCAGCUGAUCAAGAGCCCACUAAUAUUAUGGUAGCAAAUAAUCUAGCAGUUUGUCUUCUCUAUAUGGGUCGUUUAAAAGAAGCUAUUUCAGUUCUUCAGAAAGCCAUACAUUCUGACCCAGAACGUGGUCUUAAUGAAAGUCUUCUUAUUAACUUAUGCACAUUAUAUGAACUAGAAUCUUCUAAAACACAUGAAAAGAAACUAAAUCUAUUAAGAAUGUUGUGUAAACACAAAAGUGACACAAUACCAAAUGUACUUGAAUGUUUGAAACUGACC